GGAAGAAGGAAGAAAAGAGGGAAGAAAAAAAAGAGAGAGAGAAAACCCUCCAGGCUUUCAAUUUGAGUGGGAGAGUUGAACCGAAAGAAAGAGAAAGAAAGGAAGAAAAAUCCUCUCUGCGGUAGAAAGAGAAAAGAAAACUUGGGCUGACAAGAGGGGGGUGUUGGGGGGUGGAAGGAAGUGAGAAAACAAAAGAGAGAUAAAAGGGCUGCUUUUCUGUCUCUCUUCCUCCGCGAGCUGGGUUAGGAGGAGCUGUUUUGCAUCCCUUCACGUCAGCCCUGCCUCAUUCCCUUCUUCCAGGGAGGGAGAGAGCGAGAGAGCGAGAGAGCGAGAGAGCGAGAGAGAGAGAGAGAGAGAGAGAGAGAGAGAGAGAGAGAGAGAGGAGAGGGAGAGAGAGGGGGAGAGAGAGAGAGGGAGAGAGAGAGAGAGAGAGAGAAAGAGAGGAGCCGGAGGGAGGGCGGCAGGAGCAGGCGGCGGGCGCGCGUGGAGGCGGGCGGCGGGCGCGCAGCAGCAGCCCGGGCGGUGGGCAGCCAGGAGCCCCCGGCCCCGGCCCCGGCCCGCCACGGGCCCCAGCGUAGGAGCCGCGCCCGGACCCAGGGCUCACCUGGUUGCCUGUAUGCCCAUGGAGGCAGAUGCCGUGAGUUGCAGUGGGAGCAGAGGUUCACUCUUCUCAGAGCGGAUUCCCGGCGAUGCCCUCCUAGCCAGCCGCCACGGGAUGGAGGGCUUCAUGGACUCAGGGACACAGACGGAUGCCGUGGUGGUGCUGUCCUUGGCUCAGGCUGCCGUGCUGGGCCUGGUCUCAGAAAAUGAGCUCUUUGGAGCCACCAUAAGCGCCGAAGCCUUCUACCCGGACCUGGGGCCGGAGCUGUCCGGGGCGGCCAUGGGGGAGCCCCGGGCCCCGGGCCCAGAUGUCUACCAGCUGGCCUGCAACGGGCGGGCCCUGGAGGAGCCGGCAGAGGAGGAGGUGCUGGAGGUGGAGGCAGCCUUUGAGAAGCACACCCGGCGGAAGACACGGCCGCCCGUGCGGCUGGUGCCCAAGGUCAAGUUUGAGAAGGUGGAGGAGGAAGAGGAUCAGGAGGUCUACGAGGUGUCCGUACCCGGCGACGACAAGGAUGCGGGCCCAGCGGAGGCCCCCACCGAGGUGGCCAGUGGCGGCUGCGAGGCCCUGGUGCAGAGCAGCGCUGUCAAGAUGAUUGACCUCAGCGUCUUCAGCCGCAAGCCCCGGACACUGCGGCACCUGCCUCGAACCCCGCGGCCAGAGCUGGACGUAGCCCCCUUCGACCCCCACUUCCCUGACCCAGCCCGGGACGGCUUCCCCGAGCCCAGCAUGGCGCUGCCCGGGCCAGAGGCGCUGCCCACAGAGUGUGGCUUCGAGCCGCCGCACCUGGCCCCCCUGAGCGACCCUGAGGCCCCCACCAUGGAGUCCCCGGAGCCCGUGAAGCCGGAACAGGGCUUUGUGUGGCAGGAGGCAGGCGAGUUUGAGGCCGACGCAGCCGGCUCGACGGUGGAACGCCACAAGAAGGCCCAGCUGGACCGGCUGGACAUCAACGUGCAGAUCGACGACUCGUACCUGGUGGAGGCAGGCGACCGUCAGAAGCGCUGGCAGUGCCGCAUGUGCGAGAAGUCCUACACAUCCAAGUACAACCUGGUGACGCACAUCCUGGGCCACAAUGGCAUCAAGCCUCACUCGUGCCCGCACUGCAGCAAGCUCUUCAAGCAGCCCAGCCACUUGCAGACACACCUGCUGACACACCAGGGCACCCGGCCGCACAAGUGCCAGGUGUGCCAGAAGGCCUUCACGCAGACCAGCCACCUCAAGCGCCACAUGCUGCUGCACUCGGAGGUCAAGCCCUAUAGCUGCCACUUCUGCGGCCGCGGCUUCGCCUACCCCAGCGAGCUCAAGGCCCACGAGGUGAAGCACGAGAGCGGCCGCUGCCACGUCUGCGUCGAGUGCGGCCUGGACUUCUCCACCCUGACCCAGCUCAAGCGCCACCUGGCCUCGCAUCAGGGCCCCACCCUCUACCAGUGCCUCGAGUGUGACAAGUCCUUCCACUACCGCAGCCAGCUGCAGAACCACAUGCUCAAGCACCAGAACGUGCGGCCCUUCGUGUGCACCGAGUGCGGCAUGGAGUUCAGCCAGAUCCACCACCUCAAGCAACACUCGCUCACCCACAAGGGUGUGAAGGAGUUCAAGUGCGAGGUGUGUGGCCGGGAGUUCACCCUGCAGGCAAACAUGAAGCGGCACAUGCUGAUCCAUACCAGCGUUCGGCCCUACCAGUGCCACAUCUGCUUCAAGACCUUCGUGCAGAAGCAGACCCUCAAGACCCACAUGAUUGUACACUCGCCCGUGAAGCCAUUCAAAUGCAAGGUGUGCGGGAAGUCCUUCAACCGCAUGUACAACCUGCUGGGCCACAUGCACCUGCACGCGGGCAGCAAGCCCUUCAAGUGCCCCUACUGCUCCAGCAAGUUUAACCUCAAGGGCAACCUGAGCCGGCACAUGAAGGUCAAGCACGGCGUCAUGGACAUCGGCCUGGACAGCCAAGACCCCAUGAUGGAGCUGACGGGCACCGACCCCUCCGAGCUUGACAGCCAGCAGGAGAUCGAGGACUUCGAGGAGAACGCCUACGCCUACGCCGGUGUGGACAGCAGCGCCGAGGCCAGCGUCCUCACCGAACAGGCCAUGAAAGAGAUGGCCUACUACAACGUGCUAUAGCACAGGCCAGGCCACCCAGGACGGGGCAAGGAGGGCGUGGGGCGUGGGGGGAGACCCAUGUGCUGCAGGCUGCACCUCCUGCAGCUGGAAAACAAGCUACUGCCCCACUGUCCUGAGCCCUCCCUCCCACUCAGUCGUUUGCACCACUAGGGACUUGUAGACCAAAUGGAGACUGUACUACUGGCCUCAGCUGUGAACCAGGCACAGGCCCCAGGCAUCCUAGGGAAGGAAGGGUAACACGGGAGGCCCAGGUCUGGGUCUCCUUGGCCUGCUGCUGUGGGAGAAAUGCAGAUGGGGGCCGUCUGGGGACAGGUCACAAGGGCAUAGGUUCUCAAGUCUCUCCAGGCCCAGCAGAGCUGGGGCGGCCCGUGUGGGCAGGGCCAUCCUGAUGGCUCCUUGGGGCUCCUGUCACUGGAGGGAGAUCUCUUGAGCCAUGUCUUGUUUCUCCUCUGGACCCUCUCCUGCCUCUAGGGAUGUUUGAGCUCCUGUGCUGGUCAGCCUUGCCCCCCACCCUUACCCCCCACCAGCCCCUGGGCUGCGAAAAGCCCAGGCCCAGAGCCCAUUCCCCCACCCUGUCCAUGGACAGCCAGGCAGGGCCCUCUGCCUUCUACCUCCUGGUGCCUCCCGCUCUCUCCUCCAGCCAGGCGUGCAUGCAGCCUGGUCCUGGCCUUAGGAAAGCGGGGUGUAGCCCAACCCCCAGCUACCGUCCUCUCCAGCCGAACCCCAGAAGGCUCGCAUCUUACAGCCCUGUUUGGAAGUGGGCGUCCCUAGAGUGGAUUUCAGCAAACUGUUAUCUAGUUCUGUCUCGAAGUGGGGCACCACCCCAGGGUCCCCCGACAAAGCCAGGACAUGCCUUGCGUUAGACACACACUAACAAAGACAGAUGGAGGCCCCUUGAGCAAGGGGACUGGUGAUGGGGUCGUUGGGGACCAAGAGGGGCUGUCCUUAAGGAGGCCAAGGAGGGCCUAUGUAGGGGUGGGGGCCUGGAGUUUUCCUCUUAUUUAAGGUCUAAUAAGUAUCCAUUUUGAGGAUGGGGACAGCCAAGAGUCAGCAGGGUCCCAGGAAGAGCAACAUAUUUAAAAAAGGAAAAUGAAGACCAUAGAGGGAAAAAAAAAAGGUUUUUUGAGCAAAGGGGGAUAUUUUGAAGGUAAUUUAUUUUUCUCCUUUCCAACUCUGUGUCACCUAUUAUCUUUUCUGAUGGAGAUCAUUUUCUUUUUGCCAGCGGAAGCUUUCUCGUGUGCUGUGCGUGCUUUGUGCCUCCCCAACCAAGAGCAGCGUGGCCUGCCCUGGCGGGACUCGGGCUCAGAAGGCACUGUCGGUCUGGCCCUGGGGCUUCAGCUGCUGGCAGGAAGCCUCCGGAGGCCAAGGCGAGAGGCAGGAGGAGGCAGAGCCCAGCAGGCCGUCCACCCUCUCCCAGCUCCUCCGGCUAGUGACUUGCUCUGCACCACCCAGAGCAGCGGCCCAGGCUGCUGCCCCUGCUCAGCCAACGGUUCGCCCCCUCGCCAGCCCGCUCGCAUCUCCUCGGUCCCCGCGCCAGCUCCUGCCCCGGAACUGAAGACUGCAGGCCCAGGGUGGUGAAAGAGCAUAUUCAGGAAUGCUGGGGCACCCAGACGCCCACCCACUCGCCCCCUGCGGCCUCCGUGGAGGGGAGCAGGCAAGGCCAUUCCCAGAGGCACAGGAGGUGAAGCCGCCAGCUUCAGCCCAGAAACCAGGAAGCGGGGAGCGGCUGGGGAGGGAGGUGCCCCCAAGGCCGUAUCCUUAGUGAAGGACCAAGGCAGGCCUCAGGGUGGCUGAGAUCAGGACGGAGGGGAGGACAAGGUAGCCUCGGGAUCAGGCAGCCAGGUGCCCCUUCCUUCUCUGCUAGAGUUCAUGCUAAGCAGCAAAUAAGAGGGCUGAGGCUCACGGGAGCCUCGCCCCGACUGUGGCUCUCCAGACCCUGAGGCCCCCCAGCCUCCCAGGUGCCCGCCAUGAUGACCCUCAGGUGGCAGUGACCCCGUCACUGUAGAAGACAUUUUCUCCUGCUGAGCAGAAGCAUCAUCCCCGCAAACUACCUCUUCCCACAACUUCUUUCUCCCCUGGUACCAAAAAGAACCCUGUACCUCCUCUUCUUCCUCUUCCCUGCCAGUGCAGUGGCCUUGGUCUUGGAAACCCAUGAGAGACGGUCUGGCCCCCCGGGUGGGGCUCUCCUCUCUGCCCCCAGCCCCGCCAUCAGCACCAGCCCUCUGCGAGGUUCAAUACUUGAACGCCCCCCAUGCCCUGUGCCUUGGACCUGGGCAAGGCUGAGAGAAGGAAGCAGCACAACUCACAAUUGGAGCUGGGUGGGCGGUGGUCUUGGCAAGGCUCCGGUCCCCACCCCCCACCCCACCCCAACCUUUUCAAAAGAGGCGUGCAGCCUCUCGGGUGACUUGGAAACUCCUGGACAAAUCCCAUUCUAACUUAUUUUGACGUGUAUACAAACCAACUGUUUAGAAAUUCCACUUGUGCAAAGCCCUACUGUGUUUUUAUGUUCCUGUUUAAAAGAAGAGAAGUUUACUUAGCAAUAAUUAUAAAUAAAUGAAUAUUCUUUAGUGAGGUGA